AUGGCUGCAGAGAGCCCUGUACAGAGUCUCCAGGAUGAAGCUUCUUGUUCCAUCUGUCUGGAGUAUUUCAAAGACCCGGUGUCUAUCCACUGCGGGCACAACUUCUGCCGGGCCUGCAUCACUGACUACUGGGAAGAGUCAGAUAUCAACUUCUCCUGCCCUCAGUGCAGAGAAACCGCCCAGCAGAGAAACUUCAGACCCAACAGGGAGCUGGCAAAAAUUAUCGAAAUAGCCAAGCGGCUGAGUUUACAGGCAGCCAAAGGCUCAGGAGGCGAGCGAGUGUGUGAGAAACACCAGGAGACCCUGAAACUGUUCUGCGAGGAGGAUCAAGCCCCCAUCUGUGUGAUCUGCCGAGAGUCCCAGGCUCACAGAUCUCACACGGUGGUUCCCAUAGAGGAGGCUGCCCAGGAGUACAAGGAAAAAAUCCAGAUCCAAUUACAGAUUCUGAAGGAAGAGCGAGAAAAGCUGAUGGGAUUGAAACUGACCAAAGAGGCAAGAAUCUGGGAGCAUCUGGAGCAGGUAGAAACAGAGAGGCUGAAGAUUCUGUCUGAAUUUGAGCAGCUGCGGCAGUUCCUGGAGGAACAAGAGCGACUCCUGCUGGCCCGAUUGGAAGAGCUGGACAAGGAGAUUGAGAAGAGAAGGGAUGAGAACAUUGCCAAACUCUUGGAGGAGAUUUCCUGUGUAAAUGACAUGAUCAGCGAGCUAGAGGGGAAGUGCCAGCAGCCAGCAAGUGAAUUCCUGCAGGAUGUCCAAAGCACCUUGAGCAGGUGUGAGCUGGGGAAGGUCCCGCAACUGGAGGAGGUUUCUCCUGAGCCAGAGAAAACCCCCAGCAGCAUCUCUCAUAAAACUAUUGCUCUAAAGGAGACUCUGAGGAAAUUCCAAGCGGAUGUGACUCUGGAUCCAGACACGGCUCACCCCCGCCUCGUCCUGUCUGAGGAUGGGAAAAGUGUGAGAUGGGAAGACACGCGCCAGCAUGUGCCCGACAAUCCCAAGAGAUUUGAUUCUUCUCGCUGCGUGCUGGGCCUGGAGGGCUUCUCCUCGGGGAGGCAUUACUGGGAGGUGGAGGUGGAGGAUGGGGGAGCCUGGGCUGUAGGGGUGGCCAGAGAGUCUGUGAGGAGGAAGGGACGGGUCAAUGUUAACCCGGAGGAGGGCAUCUGGGCCGUGGGUCAAUGUGGGACUCAGUACCUGGCUCUCACCUCCCCCAAGAUCCCCCUCUCCCUUGGUGAACGGCCCAGGACCAUCGGGAUUUAUCUGGACUGCGAAGAGGGGCGGGUGGCAUUUUUUGAUGCCGAUAACGAGGCCCCGAUCUUCACUUUCCCACCGGCCUCUGUCCCUGGAGAAAAAAUCCUCCCUUUACUGUGUUUGGGGAGAGGAUCCCAGUUCAGACUGUGUCCCUGCAUCACAGGGUAUAAUAUAGAGCCUUAGAAAUACACAUGGUUAGCCUCACACGGCCCAGUUUGUCCUGGAGGCCAAAGUGUAUUUGUGCAUGUCAAACCCAAGAGAAGGGGGAAAAGGUAUCAACCUGUCUGUGUGUCCCAACACUGAUUCUGCAGGAUUCUAGCAGU